AUUUAAGUGAAAGACAACCAUAGACGGACUUCAGUGUUUGUGAAACUUGUGCAGCAAGAUGGUGGCCAGGACUAAUAGGGCCACUGUUGCAUUUUUACGAUUUUUUACUUUCAUUGUAACUCUUCAGAGUGUCUACACCGCUUAUCUAGGAAAAUUUAUUGGAAAACUAAGCGAACUUCAUCACGGCGUAUCUGGAGAAGUUUACGCAAUAGACGCUAGAACUUUACACCUCAAAGAUUUCACGUACGACGGACAAGGACCAGCUGCAUACUUUUACGCUGGCAACACAAGGGCCCCCGGCGCCGGAGGUUUUCGCCUGACCGACGAAAACGGAAAUCCGGAAGUGAUACGCAGAUAUCGAAAGGAAAACGUCAUCCUGACCUUACCCGAAGGAAAAACUUUGAACAGCAUCAAAUGGUUUUCGGUGUGGUGCGAGGAGUUCACGGUGAACUUUGGAGAUGUAAAGAUACCACGCAACUUCGACUACCCAAGACCCCGGAAGAUAGAUGCUUUGAGGGGCGUACAUGGAGUCUCCUCCGAUAAUAUUGUAAUCGUGGACGCGCAAACUCUCCUGGUUCCGAACCUAUCUUACGACGGAGAAGCCCCAGAUGCCAAAUUUUGGGUUGGCCGUGGACCGAAGCCUUCGCCUCAAGGUGUAAGGGUUCCCGAUGAAAACGGAAAGGAGGAACCUUUGAGAAGGUACGAUCGCAAAACGGUAGUGCUGACACUUCCAGGAGAUUUGACCGUUUUCGACAUCGGCCAUUUUGGCGUUUGGUGUGAAGCGUUCACAGUCGAUUUCGGACACAUUCAGAUUCCCGGCAACCUAAACGUCCCGCCCUCGCUAAGAAUGCUAGGGGUUAGCCCACAGUCGAAAUUGAAUUGCGAAGUGUUAUACGAUGAUCUCGCAUUUGAAGUCCGAUGGGCCGUCGCCGGAGAUAGCAUUGUUUUACAGCUCGUUUCGAAAUUAGAGGACAGAGAAUAUAUGUCGUUUGGUCUCUCUGGCGAUGACUCACAAACCGCUAUGGUCGGCGGAGACGUUGCGGUAGCUUGGGUUGACAAAGAAACACUAAAAGGUUACGCUGAAGACUACUACCUAGACGCAAAGUCUCAAUGCUCCGGACGAACUGGAUCAUGCCCUGACACUCGUUUAGAGGAUAAUACAAACGACAUUCAUCCACUCAACGCAGCAAUGGUGAACGGCUACUCCAUUGUAACAUACCAGCGCCCAUUACGAGCAAGCGAUCCUUACGACAAAACAAUUUACACCAAUCGAUCGCAACCAAUCAUUUGGGCAAUCGGCCCGCUAAAUCAACGUGAUGAAGUCUCGUUCCACAGUCGCUGGACCAAGAAAGAUCACUUUAUAGACUUUGGGAGACCUGCAAAGUGGAAUUGUCCCAUGCCUGAAACGGAUCAACCGCCAAUGAAGAUCGUUACCCCCCUGCACCAAACCCCAAAGUACCAAGACGUGACUAACCCGCCCGAGGAUUACACUGAAGCGCCUCCUAGUCGUACUAGAAAACCACAACAGCGCCGAAGAGGUGAAUCGACUAGAGGCAGUGAUAGCGUUGCAAAGGAUUCUGAACGCAGCACGUCCAAAACGCGCCAAAAUGUACGAAGAGGCCAAACCACUUCUAAUUCUGUGGAGAAACCGAAACCAGUACCCACUCCAGCGCCGGUUGCAAAAAUAGCGCCCUGGGACAUUCCUCCGAUACAAUGCUAUGAACCCGAAGACGGCGUCUUCUAUGCGCAGAUGGGGCCAACCGGCGGUAAGCGUGGCUAUCCUGCUAUUACCGGACACGUGGGUUGGGGAAUUUCCUGGUAUAUCAACGGGCUACUAAUACCGGAGAUCAACGUGGUGAGAGGUCAAACGUAUACUUUCGUUGUGGAGGGAGGUUUAGACCCGGAGGUUCCUGCGAAGUACCAUCCAUUCUAUAUAACCGACGACCCCAUCGGCGGAUACGAACAUAAAACGCCGGAAGAGAGAGCGAAAAUCAGAAUUUUUGCCGGAGCACGAGUGGAUCGCGACGGAGUUGUACACCCUACAGGAGUGGGUAGAUUGUGCAAUUGGACUCCACAAGGUGACAGGGAAGCUGACGACUUUGAAUCAUUCGGCGCCUACCAACGGACGUUAGAGCUAAAAUGCGAUCAAGGCGAACCUGGUGUUAUACAAUUUACGCCCAACCGCAACACGCCAGAUACCGUUUAUUAUCACUGCUUUACGCACCGUUAUUUGGGAUGGAAGAUCAACGUCUUAGAUUCUUGUGAUGUAGAGGGUGCUCCGAGUCACGUUAAAGAAUCCGUUGUUCAUCCUGAUUCCGGUGCCAAAAUUGACAAUUUCAAAGAAUCCGAAGACGAGCUUGAGGGAAGCCCAUCCAUACUUUUCGAAACAAGAGUGAAAGCACCUAAUACGUUAAUUAAUGGCGAUUCCAAGGGUAUGACAGAAUUACCUCCCAGACCCAUGGUUAAUUCGAGCACAUCUACUGAUAAAUUAAACGAAGAAAAAGUCUUUACAGUGUUUGCAACGCAGAUGGAAAACAAACAAAAUGAAUCAGUAACGCCUCAAAUAACGGAACUGCCAGUAGUGCAAUUCGAAGACGUACCGAUCUCAAUGACCAAAAUGCUUGCACCUCCAAUGGUGCCUCCAAUAUUUAGUUCUCGGCCGCCCUACAAACCACUAGCACCCCAACUGUUAAUAAAAAAGCCAUAUUACAGACCAAUGAUGAAGAAUCCAAUGAUUUUAAAACAGUUUCCGUACAAAUUUGAAGAUCAGCUGUCGAUACCGUCCCAAAUAUUUCCACAACACAAAAAACCUAUGCCGCAGAUGUAUAAAAAAGUAAUACCGGUAACUUUCAUGGAAAGAUCUGGAAAUAACGUACGCGUCGAGGUAUCCCCGGAACAAGCUUCGACCGAGAAGGAACCGCGAACUACGACUGAAAGCACAUUCCGGCAAAUAAUUAACGUUGCGCCCAGCAAAAUGCAUUACAGCGAAAAUAUGCCGAUCGCAGUUAACACGGGGUUUAAACCAGAAACGAUUGUCAUAGAAGGAGGCUUUAAGCCCAUUGUAAGUAAGGAAAAUCGGUAUUCGAAAGUGGAGGGGCCUCAACUCGAAUAUGAGAGUGAAAUCGGCAUUAUAGAUGUUAACAUGGAUAAAAGUACACCUGCAGAUACGCCAUUUUUCAAAAAUGGAAAACCCCUAAACCUGAAAUUGAAUUUGAGGAACAAAGGGCCCAUGCUUGUAAUAAAAGAGAGUCGGAGAGGAAGAGGGGAUGCAUACGACGAUGAAAUCGCCGAUGCAGACGAACGUGUCGACUCCUACUACUUACCGCCCGAUAACCAGCGCACCAAACCUGUGGUAAACAUCAUGAAACCCUCAAACAUCGACGUUGCACCCGGAACUGUCGUCAGUUACGACGGUAAAAGAGUAUCGGGUGCAAGCUUAACGGCCAAAUAUCCCAAUGGCGGCAGUAUUUUCGACAACAGAUCGUCGAAAGCGGCGGAAAUUAUCAAAACCGGUCCACAGUACGGACCAUUUCGAGGUGAACUUCCACCAUUAGAUCCCAAUUUUAUAAAGAAGAGUGCAACGCUUUUUCAAAUUCCACGAGUACUGAGUCGUGAUUUGGAAACGCCCGCUCCACAAGAGCCAACCAAGUUGGUACUAGUCAGGCAGUCGGAUGGUGUAGAUAAUGUUGAGUUAGAGAAUAAGAAGUUAAGUUAAAUUAAUGUAGAUGACCAAAUUCCUGAUAGUACUACUUAUUUUUGCAAUUUAGUGAUAGUUGUAAUGUUAAGUUUUGAAAUACUACAAAUUUGUAUAUAGGUACUUAAUAAGCAUGUGGGAACAGUUAUUUAGUCUUUCUGAAUCAAUUGUUACAACCUUAUAUAACAGAAAACCUCA